CACAUAGAAACAAAGUGUAAGGAUAUCGAGGCCUAAAAUGAGCCUAUGAUAGAGGACUCAUCAUACAUAAACUUGGGGAGUGAUAGUAGUGAUAUUUAAGAACAACAAUUUUCUAAAUAGAAAAAUUUCCACUAUUAUCAUCGGCAUGGUGUAGUUGAUACAUAAACAAUCACUAUAUCAUUUGUUACUACUUAACGCUUAAAGGCAUCUCCUUUACCCUUCUUCAUCUCCAGCCUUCGUCUGCUUCUCCUUGACCCGAGAAAAUAGAUUGGCGAUGGGAUUAUCAAAUGCGAGCGGUGACUUGUCAACUGAAGUUGAGGUAGAUGCUUUCAGAUGCCUCUUUCCCCUUCGUUUCUAUGAGAAACAUCUUUUAGAGUCUAUACGUCCUGAUGCUCGUCCGCUUGGAAGAGCAAGAGAAACCACCAUUGCCCUUGGGGCUGUUGCAUCUGCUAAUGGUUCAGCACUUGCAAAAAUUGGUUCAACUACUAUGUUGGCUGCUAUCAAAAUGGAGGUCAUGACCCCUUCAUUGGAAACACCGGAUGAGGGUUGUAUAGCUAUUGAUUUCCACAUGCCUCCAAUUUGUUCUCCAAUUGUUAGGCCUGGCAGACCGGCUGAGGCAGCACCAGUCGUGGCAAAGCAGUUGUCAGACACUAUUUUAAGCUCUGGCAUGAUCAAUUUGAAAGAACUGUCCUUGGUUAGUGGAAAAGCUGCUUGGAUGGCAUAUUUGGACAUAUACUGUUUGGAUGCUGAUGGUGCUCUUUUUGACACUGCAUUACUCUCAGCUGUUGCUGCCUUUUCUCACUUGGAAAUCCCGGUGGUAUCUCUCAACGAUGAUGGAAAGAUCGUUUUAUCAGAGGAACAAGGACUAUCUGACAGGGAACCAGUCAAUAAGGAGAAGAGAAAAAUUAAUCUGAGCAGCAUUCCGUUUUCGUUGACAUGUGUACUUCAUAAGAACUACAUUUUGGCAGAUCCUACUGCCGAGGAAGAAUCUAUUAUGGACACGAUUGUAACCGUGGUUUUAGAUUCAUCUAGUCAACUCGUCUCACUUCAUAAACCAGGUGGAACAGUUCUAGCAUAUACAUCAGCUAUCCAGGACUGCAUUGCAUUAACACGGCAAAGGGUGAAGGAACUCCAAAAGAUUCUAGAGGAAGCCAUUUCUGGUAUGGAGGUUGACUAAUCUUGCACCUAUUAAUUUAAUGUUAAUAAUUUAUCUUUUUUAAAUUAUUUUUCGUUUGUUCUAUUGCGUUUGUUUAGUGACAUUAUUAGUUCAGGGACUGGUUUUUGGAGGUUGUAAUGAACCAAUUCUAGUAUGCUUAAAAGGGGCAAAUUUUGUUUAUUGCCUUUUGGUAUGUUCUAUAGAAUUUCUUAAUGUUGAAAAUAUAUGCUAAGUAAGUCCUUUUUUAGAGGAACUGAAUCAAA